CGGCACACCCGGGGCGUUUUAUCUGUAAACCUAAACGUUCUUUCACGGCACCCGAGAAUAUUGCUCGAUUAUCAUUCAUAACAUAAAAUAUAUUCUUAUUAUCUUCAUUCGUCGAGAGCGCAACGUGAAAUCCGUACGUUGUCAGCAAACUAAUUUCGCCAUGUAUUCUUCUCCAAUCAAGUCAGGCGUAACGCAGCAGCGUGUCGUCACACAGUCGUAUUCAUCGUCGUCUGGAAGUCCUGCAGGAGGAUAUUCUUCAUCAACUCGUGUCUCUGGUUACGGAACUAACCCGGGAUUUACAUCUUCUCGUUACUCAGACUUUGGAUUUGCACCCACGAUGUCGUCAUCCUACUAUUCUGCUUAUGAUGGAGGAUAUGGUGGAGGAGGAACUUACAUCAGUGAGAAAGAUCUUCAAGAACUUGGAGGAGAGGGAGGAGCAGAAUUUCGAAGCAUGAGGUCAGGAGAAAAGAAAGAACUCAAGUCUCUGAACAACCGUUUUGCUUCCUACAUUGAGCGAGUGAGAUAUCUGGAGCAACAAAACAAACUUCUGGAUGCUCAACUUCGACAAAUGUCAGUGAAGUAUGAUUCACAACUUGAUGAUUUGUACAAUGCUGAAGUGAGGAGAUUGAAGGGACUUUUGGAUGCUUUGAACGGUGAUCGCAAAAUGAUUGAAGCCGAAGUUGAACACAUGCAAACUGAUGUCGGUGACUUGAAACGAGAAUACGAAAAUGCAAUUCAGGAUCGUGAAGAAUUGGAGCGUGAAUUGGCAAAUCUCAGAAAUAAUGUUGAUGAGUGUACAGUCACCCGAGUCGAUCUCGAAAGAAAACUUGUUUCACUCCGAGAAGAACUCGACUUUGAGAAUCUUGCUCACACCGAGAUUAUCAACGAACUCAAAUCUCAACUUGUCACCGACCAUGUCCGAGUGCAAAUGGACACCCAUGGUCCUGAUCUCAGCGAUCUUCUCCGAGACAUCCGAGCUCAAUACGAUCUUGCAGCCAAGAAAAACAAGGAAGAAGCCGAGAACUGGUACAGCAGCAAGCUCAAUGAUCUCAACACCCAAGUAUCCGGCGAUGCCAACAGACUCAAGGAAUCGCAAUCUGAACUCAGCGAAUACAGAAACAGAGUCAGCGGCCAUACCGCACAAAUCGAAUCCCUCCGAUCUAACAAAGACUAUCUUGAACGCCAACUCGCCGAUGUGGAGGAUCGGUUCAACCGUGAUAUCGGAGGAUAUCAAGAUCAAAUCACCGAUCUUCAAGCCCAACUCGACAAGAUUAAGUCAGAGAUGUCGGACAGAUUGAGGGAAUACCAAGAACUUCUUUCGGUCAAACUUGGUCUCGAUUUUGAGAUCAGCACAUACCAAAAACUGCUGGAAGGAGAAGAAUGGAGACUUCAAGCUGUACCGUCCCGUCUCGCGACUGGAGAACAAAUGUCACUACGAAGGGUGGUUGAGGAAUAUGAGUCGGCGUACAAAAGCGCUCAUUCUGAUUCUCGCCAACGGAAAAUGUCAGAUUCAGACUAGAUCAACAACUGACUGCACACGUCACUCAUAAAAAGGAAAUAAUUAUUGUAUUGUCAGCUUCAUUGUAUAUUUUAAGGCUACAUACUUGCACUAAUGUUACUUUAAAUUUUAAAAAUUAUCUUUAUAUGUCUUAAUUUGGGACAAUGCACUAUCCUUGCACUUAUUAGCAAAAUUUGUCCAACAUCUGGUCGAUUGCUCUGUACAAAAGGGUUUUGGUGAUAAAUGUUUUUCUUGCUUUGAAUUUUAUGUACGUAAAUUGUUCGGGUGGCGUAAAAUAAAUGUGUGCAGUCAA